AUCAAACUGACUGGAAGACGCCGGAGUCCUCACACACCGUUCCUCACUCGGGUCCUCAACCCGACGCCAUGAGCAAAAUAAAAAAGGGUUUUAAAUGGUUCGGGAGCCUCACCAGCCUCUCCUCCCGCCGCUCCCCAGAGAAACGCAACAACAAAGCAGCCUCUCAGUCUGAUGGGAGCCUCUGCGGAGCCAGGCAGCCAGCGGCAGCAGCGGCAGUGCUGGAGGAGACGCAGUCAGUGGACGACAUGCAGUCCGGCCUCCGCAGCACCGGAUACGCCCGUUCCAGCGACAUGUACACCCAUGUGGGGACGGUUCCCCGCGGCGAGAAGCAGAAGAAGAGCCUCCGGGGCCAGAGGGCUGCGCAGAGCCCGGAGGGCGGGAGUCUGAACCCGGGGGAGCAUGUCCGAGACUCCCCGCUGCUCGGCGCUCUGUCCAGCCUCAGCCUGACUAACCCGGAGCAGCCUCUGCCGCCGCCCGCCGCGCCCUGCCGGGUUUCACCUUUGACCCCAACACCUGCCGGCUGCUCGUCAGAUGACCCCGAUACUCAGCGCGAGGCGCAGCAUUUCAACAUGGCUUCAAAGCAGGACGUUUAUGUUCCAAUGGACCCGAUUUCUGAAAGAGCGCGAAGCCACGGCGACCCACAAACCGGGAGACAGGAAACCACCGAGGCUCCGCAGGAAGUGGAGGCUGGAAGCAGGUUCAAAAAAGUGACAGAUUGCAGUGGAGAAUAUGUGAAAUUCUCCAAGGAGAAGUUCUGGUUGGAGCCGCCGUCAGAAAAACUGAAGAAGCAGCUGGAGGAGGAACUGAAGCUGAGCGGCACCAACCUGAAGAGCCACGCCUGGUACCACGGCCCGAUACCCUGGGAGGUGUCGGAGAGUUUGGUGGUGAACGAAGGUGAUUUCCUCCUCAGAGACUCCCGGUCCAGUCAGGGCGGCUUCGUCCUCACCUGCUGUUGGGAACAGGAAGCCCUUCACUUCCCUAUCAGGAAGACGGUGGUCCAGUCCGGAGAGACGUACAGCCGGGCCCAGUACAGCCUGGAAGGAGAGGCCUUUGACUCGGUCCCGGCCCUCGUUCACUUCUAUGUAGGAAGCCAGGCGGCUCUGACGCUGUGGAGCAGAGCUCAGAUUAACCGGCCGGUGAACAGGACGCUGCCGCUCAGCUUCCUGGAAACGGCCUUCAGCACAUCGUCCAGCCAGAGAGACCUGAAGGGGGAGGAGCGGGUCUGUCCGAUCAGCCCGUCCUCCGUUCAACACGGUUCUGGAUCUGACUGGAAACAUGGCAGCCGGGCGCCGAAUCCUGCUGCACAUUCUCCCCACAGUCACAACUCUCCAUCCAGGAGCCUCAGUUGCAGCCGGGCCCCCAGUGUCACAUCGUCUCCAUCCCUAUCAAAGCCGUCAGACUCCACCCUGCUCAGACAGCGGCUCCCCGUGCCCCGCUCUGACCCGCCGCAGGACUCGGCCUCCUCAGAUAGAGACGGCUACUCGGAGCUGCAGCCUCAGAGCUACGUGGAGCGGCUGCAGGCCGAGGAAGCCCCGCCCACCGCCGACUCUCUGGGUUCGGAGGAAGGGGACGUGUACUUCUCUCCGGUAGUGGAGACGGCUUCCUGUUUCAGACCUGGCAGGUACCACUCAGCGCUGAUGCCGCAGGAGAACAAGCCCCUGGAGGUGGGCAUCCUGCGCAGGGUGAAGGAGCUGCUGGCUGAGGUCGACCCCAGGACGGCGGCCAGACACAUCACCAGGACCGACUGCACGGUGGCGAGAAUUUUGGAGGUGACGCCGGAAAUGAAGAGAAAGAUGGGAGUGAGUUCAGGAGUGGAGCUGCUGACGCUGCCGCAUGGACAGCAGCUGAGACUGGACCUGCUGGAGAGGUUUCAGACCAUGUCCACCAUGUUGGCCGUCAACGUGUUGGGAUGCACGGGAACGACGGAGGAGCGGGCCGCCCUGCUGCAUAAAGUCAUCCAGAUCGCAGCCGAGCUGAAGACCACCACAGGCGACAUGUUCGGCUUCGCCGCCGUCAUGAGAGCGCUGGAGCUGCCGCAGGUGUCUCGUCUGGAGCAGACUUGGGCGGCGUUACGGCAGCGACACACAGAGGGCGCCAUUCUGUACGAGAAAACGCUGCGGCCGUUUCUGAAGAGCCUGAAUGAUGGACGAGAAAGCUGUCCGCUGUCCAGCACCACCUUCCCCCAUGUCCUGCCCCUCCUCACCCUGCUGGAGAAGAGCUCUGCGGUGGGCGAAGGGUCAGAGCCGUGGGAGACGGCAGAGGUCGGUGUGGAGGUGGUCAUGCUCCACCUGACGGCGGCCAGAACUAUCGCUCAGCUGGGCGGGAUCUAUCACUCCAACGCUAAGAGCAGAUUAAAGGGUUUCCAGGAGCAGGCUGAGGUCAGGGAGAUCUUCCUCACCGACUUUCAGAUGAGGCUGCUAUGGGGGAGCAGGGGAGCCGAGGAGAACCAGGUCCUCAGAUACUCCAAGUUCGACCAAGUGCUGACCGCCUUGUCCAACCGGCUGGAACCGCCGAUCAGACGACGCUGAUCCCAGAGACGUUUAACUGAUCAGCCGGCUUUAAAUGGUGGAUUCUCUGACAUCCGUUCAAGUCACUUUAAAGUGGAACUAACCGUCUGUAACCACGCUCCCUGACAAAUGUAGAAAAAUCCAAGAGGGUGUCGAUGUGGGCAUUUCUAAAGACCAAACACGAUUGGCUGCCUGUUCCCUUCCCUUUGUUGUUCCAGCAACAAAAACAUUUCAGAGACUUACAGAAAUCAUCUGAGAACACUGCUUUAAAAAG